AUGAGACUUUCAAACCUCUUUUCUUUCGCACUUGGCGCACUCGUCACUAUAGUAGUCGCCAACGAGCAACCAAAGCAAGCAUGGCCUAAGACUCAAAGCGGCCAUUUCUCCAUCUCAAACUUCACUUUCGACUCUGGAGAGACUCUAGAUGAACUCGAUCUUCACUAUCGAACCUUGGGAAAGCUCAAGGUUUACCCUGACGGAACCACCAACGCCGUGCUCAUCAUGCACGGAACCACAGGCCAGACCGAGCAGUUCCUCAACGACGACUUUGCAAGCGUCUUGUUCAACCCUGGCCAGCCUCUUGACGCCAAGAAAUACUUUCUUAUUCUGCGUGACGGUAUCGGACAUGGAAACUCAAGCAAGCCCAGCACCCAUGCCCUUCGUGCCCGUUUCCCGAGCUACCAGUAUUCCGACAUGGUUCGCGCUGAUCACCUUCUCCUGACUGAGCAUUUCGGCAUUGACCACAUGCGGCUCGUCAUGGGCGUCUCCAUGGGCGGCAUGCACACUUGGAUGUGGGGAGAGAUGUACCCGGACUUCAUGGAUGCGUUGAUGCCCAUCUCCUCUCUGCCAACUCAGAUUGCUGGUCAUAACCGACUGUGGAGGAAGUUUGUGACCGAGAUGAUCACUGGAGAUCCUGCAUGGAACGAAGGCAAUUACGAGGAACAGCCGACCGUGGGACUCGGAGGUGCAUUGAUGAUCCAACAAGUAAUGCUCUCCUCACCUGCUUACUGGCAAAGGGGGUUCCCUACUCGAGCUGCAGUAGAUGCCUACGUUGAUCAGCUUGUCCCCCACAUUGCCGAGUUUGACGCCAACGACCAACUCUUUGCUUGGAACGCAUCCUACACCUACGACCCCGAGGCUGAUCUCGGCCGAAUCAAGGCUCCCCUGACUGCUGUGAACACGGCCGACGACUGGAUGAACCCCCCCGAGCUUGGAAUCUUGGAACGCAGCGUCAAGAACAAGAUGAAGCGCGGCUUGGGCAAGGCAAUCACACUUCCUGCUAGCAAGGAGACAAGGGGACAUAGUUCGUACAUCCAGGCAAACCUUUGGAAGGACGAGCUCAAGGCACUGCUGGCCAAGACAAAGCCCCGUAAGGGAGGCCGAUGA